AUGGCAGCCGCAGAAGACCAAGACACAGAAUGGAACGACAUCUUGAGAGAGAAAGGAAUCCUACCUCAAAAGCCCAAAGAACUAGAACUGACUGAAGAUGAUAUCCUGGCAAUGGUCGACCAGGCCGUUUCUGCCAAAUACCACGGCAAGGCAUUAGAAGACCGAACAUUGGAUGAAUUGGAUGAACUUGAAGAUGAAGAGGAUGAACGUGUUUUGAUGGCAUACCGCAAACAACGCCUCGCCGAAAUGGCUGCCUAUACCAAAACAGCAAAAUACGGCUCGGUAACCCAAAUCUCAAAACCAGAUUGGCCAACUGAAGUAACUGAAGCAUGCAAAACCGUACCCGUCAUAAUCCAUCUCUUCCAGACACAUGUCAUGGCAUCUCGAGUACUUGCAGCCAAACUAGAUACAAUAGCUAGGAAAUACCCCGCAUCGAAAUUCUUGAAGAUUGUCGCUGAUGCAUGUAUAGAGAAUUAUCCAGAUAGGAAUGUGCCUACGCUGUUGAUUUAUGCUGAUGGCGAUUUGAAGAGACAGCUUGUGGGGAUUGAGAUGAUGGGGGGUAGUAAUGGGACGUUGAGAGAGUUGGAGAUGAUUUUGGCGGCGUCUAAAUCGUUCGAGUUGAUGGAUGAUGAAGAUGUUGGACGAAAUGACGAUGAGGAUGAGAACAAGAAUUUGAGGAGUGGUGUAAAGCAACUUACUGGCGAUGACGAUGACUUGGACUGGGACUAA